GUUGCUAAGGUGGAGCUCUCCAGCAAGGUGCAGACCGAUGUCAACCUCCCCUUCAUCACGGCGGACCAGAGCGGUCCGAAGCACAUGAACAUCCAAAUGACGCGAUCGAAGCUCGAGCAGAUCGUCGACUCUUUCUUGCAGAGGACGCGGGCCCCCUGCCUCGCCUGCAACAAGGAUGCUGGCGUAGAGCCCAAGGACAUCACCGAGGUGCUCCUCGUCGGUGGCAUGACACGCAUGCCCAAGGUGACUGAGAUCGUGCAGGAGGUCUACCAGAAGGAGCCAUCCAAGUCCGUCAACCCGGACGAGGCCGUUGCCAUGGGUGCUGCCAUCCAGGCUGGCGUCCUCAAGGGCGAUGUCAAG